CUAACUCAAUAAAAAUAGAAAAAAUUUAACCUAACUCAACCCAAAACAAAACCCAACCAACCCAACCCAACCAAACCCAUAUAUUUUGGGUUGAGUAGUUUGGAUUGUUUGGAUUGUCGUGUUAUUUGAACACCCUUAACUCCUACCCAUACCACGAGGAAACAAGUUAGAUAGUAAGAAAAGGUCCCAAAUUCUCUUAGAAAAUUAAGUGACAAGUUGACUCCACAAAAUUCUUGCAAAAAGAACAAAGAAUGUUAGAUUUAAUUCCUUUAGGGUUUAGGUUUCCUACGAUGAGGAUAAUAUCAUUUAUGAUAUGUUAGCAAGACAACUUGAUCUUUGGUCUCGUUAGAAGAUUCCAUAAGGUCCUCCAAAAUUUUUUAGAGCUUUAUAUGUGUGAGGCGAAUGCAACAAUUUCUAACGAGAGACUCAUCCCCAAAUGAUAAGCACUUUUUAUCGAAAAUUUAUCCUUUUUAUUAGUAAUCCAAAUGAUUUCAUCUCCACUUCUUCUACCACGAGGGAUAUUCAAAAUGUUAGUCAUCGCAAGGAAGAAAUAACUCUCUAAUUAGAGAGACGUUCCAAUCCCAUCUUCAUUAAAGAGAUAACCCACUUUUCUUUUUAUUUUAUUACUUUUUUAAUCUUUGAGAUUAUGAUGGAUGAAACUCAGAUUGGAAAGCCAAGGAUGAAACUCUUAGUACAUGUAAUUUGAAAACUAAAAAUUCCUACCACAUAAAAGUUAAUUUUAUAUAAUAUAUAAAUGAAUUAAUUUUAUAAGAUUUCAAAUACAUUAUAAACUAAUAAAUCUAUUAGACACAGAAAUACAAAGUUUAGAGACAUUAAAACUUUUUAACUUCAUCAAUCUAUUAGAUAAUAAUGGUAAUAUUUAAAACUUUUUAGCUUCAUCAAACUAUUAAAUAAUAAUGACAACAACAAACACAAUAAUAAAUAAAUAAUAAAAUAAAAUAUUUUAAACUUAAAAAACCAAUUAGAUUAGAUAAUUGAAAAGUGGAAAAAUUUGAGUUUGAGUGAGAAAAUUUAACCUACAUAACACUAUGAAUUUUCCUUUGGUUUGGCUUUUUCUUUAAGCCGACUUCAAGAAAAGGAAGGAAGCUCAUCAUCGUUUUCAACAGUGAUUUUCACCACCUCGACACGCUCCUCUCCUCUGGAGAAAAUAUGGCCAAUGCAGCAUCAGGAAUGGCUGUGAAUGAUGAAUGUAAGUUAAAGUUUUUGGAGCUCAAGUCGAAAAGAACUCAUCGAUUCAUUGUCUUUAAGAUUGAGGAGAAGCUGAAGCAAGUAGUUGUUGAGAAACUUGGUGGGCCUAGCCAAAGUUAUGAAGAUUUUGCUGCUAGUCUCCCUGCCGACGAGUGUCGUUAUGCUGUCUAUGAUUUCGACUUUGUCACAGAAGAAAAUUGCCAAAAAAGCAGGAUCUUCUUCAUUGCAUGGUCUCCUGAUAAUUCAAGGGUCAGAAGCAAGAUGAUAUAUGCAAGCUCCAAGGACAGAUUUAAGAGAGAGCUUGAUGGAAUACAAGUAGAGCUGCAAGCAACUGAUCCAACCGAGAUGGGUCUCGAUGUCAUUCGAAGCCGUGCCAACUGAACACGAAACAUAAGACUACGAAAGCGAAUCGUAAUGGUUGAAGUUUGUGAGAUGGAGGCUUAGAUUUCAUUGAAAAUCUUCUGUUCUACUUGAACAAGUAUGCAACUAUGUGUCAUCUACUGUGUCAUGGUAUUUCUUUUAACUUGUUAUGCAACUUUUUGUCUUGAGUGACCAUCUAGAGUCUGAUUAUUACCUAUAAAAGCUAAUAUAUAUGUAGCUUGUGAGGGUUAGCUGAGACCUUAUGCUAAUUUCAACCUUGUUUUUUUAUUUUUUAUUAUUAUUUAAAUUUUUUUUUUCCAGUUUUAGUUUGGAUUUCUGGCUUUCGAAGUGAUGCUGUAUUUAAUAACAUUACAUUCUUUCUUUAACCCAAACAUUAUCCUCUCUA